CCACUGACCGACACCACCGAGAGCCUACUUUGGAUACUUUUCCUUGACUUUGACUACUCCCUUGACUUAUUGACUUGAAUUUUGAUUGGAUCCAUAACGGACCAGUCCCACAGGAAUACUUCAAAUGGACAUUUUAGUUUUUUUUUUUCUCAGUUUAUUGGGCCCAUAGGUAUUGUACUGUAAUUUUGUUGUGCGCUGUUUAGUUUUCUAAAACUAAAAGUAAACAAUAACAACAUAUACCUUUAUCCAGUGGUUGUUGCUGUUACUCGUAGCUCCUACAAACCUAGGUAGCGACGUGUACAUACUCAGAAGUGGGUUACACACAGGUUUCAUGAACAGGGAACUAUAGACACCAACACUGUUUAUUUCUGCUGUAAGGUUGGACAUUUUAACAUGGAGGUUUAUGGGGGUUGACUCAGUUUUGGAGCCAUUAGUGGACUUUUAAGGAACUGCAAUUUUUUCACUUAAUUUUUAAGACAUUGCUGCUUGUUCCUACUGCUGAGAACCCCAGAAUGCGACACAAUGCUCAUGAUGUCAUUGUGUGUUUGAGGUUAGGAUUCAUCUUGCACAGAAAUAAUACGUCUGAAGCAAAUCUAACUGUGAUCUAUUCAAUAUUUGUUGAGAUAUUUCACCCUGGUGUGUAGUGUAGUCGCCCUGACAGCUUAUUUUUGGAUUUAUGGGGAGUUAGGAGACAAGGAGGUGGAGCUGGGAGAGGCCAUGGACUGUCCUAUGUUGGUACCUACCAAUCACUCAGAACAGCCACGCCUUUAAUUAAGCACAACUUUCAGCCUGAGUACAAGUUAAAUGGGUGAGCUGUGUAGAAAUUUACCCACAAUGCAACUGUCACAAAUAGGAAAAUUAUCUAUAGAGACCAAAACAGUUUUCCUGUCAGCCUGUAAACAUGUUAAUUAUCACUAUAAAUCUACAAGGAAGUCUAUGGGGAUUGACUCACUUUAAAUAUCAGCUUCUAGUGCACAUUUGAAGAACUGCAGUUUUUUCUUAUCGCAGUUUAUAAGAUACUGCUGCUUGUUCCUACUGCUGAGACUCCACAUCAGUCCCAUAAUGCUAUACAAUGCACAUGACGUCAUUGUGUGCGUGAGGUUACUAUUCAUCUUGCACAGAUGAUACGUCUGAACCAACCAAUCUAAUCUAAUUUCAGUCUAUCCAAUAUUUAUUGAGAUAUUUCCCCCCCGAUGGAAGCAUUACUCUGACAGAUAGAUGGAUAGAUAGCAUUACUCUACUGCUAACGAGGCUAAAAUUAAAUAGAAAUAAAAAUAAUGCAGAGAAACAGACAUGGAGCUGCAGCUUUCUCGCUCUGAAACACUCACAAAAACCCUGUUCUUCCUCCCACAUCCACCCCAACAAAUUCACGUGUGCAGCAGAAAAUGCAGGUUCGUCACCCCCGGCGUGGAGCCAUGUGACCGAAGCUGGUGGCAAACAAAAGCCCCUCUCUUCAGCCAGCGGUGGAGAUCAUGCUGCUGACUGACCCCGAGGUGGAGAACAGCCUCCUGAUUAGCUCCGAUGAAGGCGCCACCUACCAGAAGUACCGGCUGAACUUCUACAUCCUCAGCCUGCUCUUUCACCCCGAGCAGGAGGACUGGAUCCUGGCCUACAGCCACGAGCAGAAGCUCUACAGUUCGGUGGAGUUUGGUCGAAGGUGGCAGCUGGUCCAUGAGAGAGUCGCCCCGAAUCGCUUCUACUGGUCGAAAAUGGGUUUGGACAAAGAGCCGGGCUUAAUUCACCUGGAAACCAGCAUCUCUGAAGGACCAGAGGCACUUUAUGUCACCUGCAAGCUACAGAACUGCACAGAUGCCAACAAGGGCAAACCAUUCCCCGGCUACAUUGACCCCAAUUCUCUGGUGGUGCAGGAUGAGUAUGUGUUUGUCCAGGUGUCGACGGCAGGGAGGACAAUCUACUAUGUGUCUGCUAAAAGAGACGUCUUCACCCCCAUGAAGCUGCCGAAGUACACACUGCCAAAGGACCUGCAGGUGAUCAGCACCGACGAGAACCGAGUGGUGGCGGCUGUUCAAGAGUGGAACCAGAACGAAACCUACAACCUUUACGUGUCCGACACGUCUGGGGUUUUCUACACUCUGGCUCUGGAGAACGUGGUCAGCAGCAUGGGCCUGGAGGGGAACGUCAUGGUGGACCUGUACGAGGUAGCGGGAAUAAAAGGGAUGUUCCUGGCCAACAAGAAGACGGACAACCAGGUGAAGACGCACAUCACCUACAACAGAGGCAGAGACUGGAGGUUACUGGAGGCUCCGAGCAAAGACCUGCGAGGCAGCAGCAUCCACUGUGUGCUGCCGUACUGUUCGUUGCAUCUCCAUCUCCACGUGUCUGCGAACCCCUACACAUCCGGAAACAUCGCCAGCAGGGACUCGGCGCCGGGGAUCAUCGUCGCAUCAGGUUCAAUCGGUGCUGAACUGACCACCACCAACGUGAGCGUGUUCAUCACCUCGGAUGCAGGAAACACGUGGAGACAGAUCUUCGAUGAGGAGUACGCAGUGCUGUAUCUCGAUCAAGGAGGAGCUUUAGUCGCUAUAAGACACACUCCGCUUCCCAUCCGACACCUGUGGUUGAGCUUUGAUGAAGGACGGCAGUGGAACAAGUACAGCUUCACCAACUCACCUCUGUUCGUGGACGGCGUGCUGGGAGAGCCAGGCGAGGAGACGCUCAUCAUGACGAUAUUCGGCCACGUCAGUCAUCGCUCUGAGUGGCAGCUGGUGAAAAUAGACUUCAGGUCCAUCUUCAACAGGAGGUGCACAGAGGCGGAUUAUCAGACGUGGCACCUACACAACCAGGGUGAGCCGUGCCUCAUGGGAAUCAAGCGGAUCUACAGGAAGCUGAAACCAACGUCCAGGUGCGUUAUGGGAAAGACGUACUUGGUGACGAUGACUUCGGGCCCCUGCGACUGCACAGAGGCGGACUUUGAGUGUGAUUAUGGCUUCGAGAGACGUACCGACGGGAAGUGCACGCCGGCCUUCUGGUUCCAUCCAUCAUCCGUGUCCAGGAGCUGCACCACAGGGAUGACUUUCCUCAACAGCACCGGCUACAGGAAAGUGGUUUCGAAUAACUGCACGGCUGGGGUGAGCUCCGAGUACACAGCCAGGAGGCAGCAGUGUCCCGUCCAGGCACCCAGAGGCCUCCACCUGGUCACUAGCGAGGGCACGCUGACGGCUACGCUGGGCACCAACGUCACCUUCCUGGUGUUUCUGGAGGAGGGCGAUGGUGCGAGGACCAGCAUCACCCUGGACUUUGGCGACGGCCACGCUCUGACUUAUUCCAACGUAAGCUCCAUCGAGGAUGGCAUCAAGCACAUCUACAAAGCCGUGGGGAUCUACCGGGUGACGGCCACCGGGGAGAACAGCCUUGGCUCGGAGACCGCCACGCUCUACCUGCACGUCACCUGUCAGCUGGAGUAUAUCCAUCUCUCAGCUCCCUUUGUGGCGGUGAGGAACAAGGAAGUGAACCUGACGGCUGUUCUGUGGCCCAGCCAAGUGGGAACGGUCACCUACAUCUGGUGGAUUGGAAAUAACACUGAGCAGCCGGUCAUCACUCUGGAGGGAAGCGUGGCGUGUACGUUCUCCCGGGAAGGCGUCAGCAGCGUCACCGUGCAGGUGUCAGCAGGGAAUACCAUCCUGCAGGACAGAAAAACCAUCGCCGUCCACGAAUAUUUCCGAUCUCAUCUUCUUGCCUUUUCAUCAAACCUGGACGAACACAACCCCGACGUGGCAGAGUGGCGCCUGGACGUGAGCCGAGUCAUCAGGAGCUCUCUGAUCCAGGCGACGGGCGUCAGGGAGGAUCAGCUGCUGGUCACCGUCCUUCCUGGUUUACCGACCGCCGCCGAGUUCUUCCUGCUGCCUGACAAGCAGCUGACGGAGGGCAAACCGGAGAAAAGCGCUGCUCAUUUAGAUCAGCUUUCUGAGGUUCUGCUGAGCGCCUUAAACCAGAACUUGGUCCAGUUCACGUUGCGGCCGGGCGUCCAGGUCACCGUGUACGCAGCUCACCUGUCCGCAGCGCCCCUAGUGGACACCAGCGAGAACCACAGCGGCUCUGCAAUGCUAAUGCUGCUAUCAGUAGUGGUUGUGGGUUUAGCUGUGUUUGUCAUCUACAAAUUCAAGAGGAAGAUCCCAGGCCUCAACGUCUAUGCGCAGAUGCAGAACGAAAAAGAACAAGAAAUGAUGAGUCCAGCUAAUCCCCCAGAGGCCACGCCCAGCUCACAGCAGGACUUGGUGCAUUCUUUGGAGAUUCUGGACACAGAGUUGAACUCACGGCCCAUCGGAUGUAUGAAACCUCAUGUACAUGUGAAAUUCUCCACAGAACUCCCCACGUACAUCGUCUGAACACUGGACUCUGAACUCCAGCUGUGUCAUGGAUAUUUUUUUAGCAUUCGGGACACAAUGGUUUUGAGCUUUAUACCUGUGCAUGUUGGACCCUGCUGACACAUACUACUGUGCUCUGUUCAAACCAGAAGAAACUGUGUACAGGUUUUCAGCUUUUCUUUUAACAUUAGUCCGAUAAAUUCAACAUUUUAAAAGUUCCAUUUAUUUAUACGAGACGGAGAAGCGUCACUACGGCAGCAUGAAGUGUAGAAAGAGGGAAAACAUGUAAUUAGCAGCAACGUUUUGGAUUUGCUUACAUAUCUGAGAUUGGUUUGCUGUUCUACGAAGCUAACAGCUGUAGUGUAUUAUUUAUUCAUAUGAAUAUACUUUUAUGAAGUAUGUUAUUGAAGUGAAUUACACAUUUAUUUUGUAAAUCAUGAAUGUCUAUGUUAGAAAUUUGUGUAUUUUAAUAACAAAUAUCAUACUAAAAAGAGAAGCUGUUAUAAAAUAUGAAUAGGGUACUUCAAAGCUUUUGGUCCAUUGUCUGUUGGAAAGCUAAUUUAUGGCACAAUAAUACACAUUUUCUACAGAAAUAUUUCUUUUUUUUCUGAUUUUAAUUUCUUAACAACACGACAGGGUUUUGUUUUUUCUGGGUUAAGUUGAACUUUGCUGUUAAUCUAAUGCUUCUGGUACUAUUUAUGAUAAAUACCAGUUUGUAAAAUGUUUUGUGCUUCAGAAAAAAACCAACAAAAAAAACACUUGACGGCUACAGAGGUGCAGCUGCACCCUCAGACUGCAAGUGAUCCCCAAGACUCACCUUUUAGACAUAGAAGAAGAUACAGCAGGGGAGGUGAUGGCAAAGAAAAGCGAUCCAAAGGCAGCAGCUUAUCCAGGCUCAGUUUUAAGGUUGCAGUGAGAUCCUCUGAAUGGAAAGCAGCAAGAAAGAGCCAGACGGAGAGAGAAAGAGGUUCGUGGAGCUUGUUGGGGAUGCAUUAGGAGCACUGUAUCUGACGGAAUAAGAAGAGGUUGACUUCUUGAAUACUUAAUGCAGCCUGUCGAGCUCAAGGCCGGCUAAGGUUGGCGACACGUUCAGGCUAAUGUCCCGGAUCGCUCAUUAUAUCUGGAUGUAGCAGCAGGAGAAACAGAGCGGAUGCUAGCAGGCUGCACGGGUGGUUUAGCUUGUUGGAGGCCUCCGGUUCUCUAAAUCUGACACAUGGAAACGCUUGAUUGAUGCCUUUCAAAUCUUCUUUCCGGAUUUGUUUUGUUUUUUUGUUUUUUUUUUACUUUUUACUUUGCAGAGAUGUUGAAAUACAAUAUAGAGGAAGUUCUCUUUUGGAUCAUCUUCUCUACUUAGGUGCAGCUUUGUAGAAAUAGUCGAUACGUUUACAUUGAGGUGCAACAACCACCGACUGCUUCAUUAUAAUUAAGAGAAAGUUGAGAAUGUGCUAAAGACUGUGCUAAAGGUUCUAACUGUUCUGGUUAUUCAGGAGAACUAGAAACUACUAAGUGAAAAAAAAUGGUGAAUGGAGUGUUGGAGUUAUUUACUAAGAACCUGCUGAAGGCUCAAGUUUAGUCUUUACCUGCCCAGCUAGAAGAGAACGUUCCCACAACAUUGAGUGACAUAACUACACGUUCUAAUAAUUUAUUUAAGAAAAUGUUUUAAUCAAAUGUACAAAGGAAAAUAUUUUAAUUUCCAGUAAUGUUACUGUAAAGUUAAUAAAAUGUUUUAGUGUCAACCUUCAGAGGAUGUUGUCAAGAAUACAGAUUACGUUGUCUGAAAUCGAAGGAGGAAUGUUGUCAAACCACCGUUCAAAAGAUGUUUUCCAGAUGUUAUCGAGGCCUCAGAGGACAAUGUGUUUUAUACAAAACGUCUUAUAAUGUAACAUUUCUGUAAUAUGUUAAAGGUUGGACGGUUAGUAUUUUUGUUGAGGGAACACAUUAUAGAACGUUCUGCUGUAAGAUGUUCAGAAGGAUGUUCUCAAUACAACGUUCAGAAAACGUGACGAUGUUGUCAAGGCCUCAGAUGACAGAAUGUUUUUUCUAUAUUACAUUCCUGUAAUGUGGUACAUUAAAGGUAGAACAUUUUGCCUUUUUGUUGAGGUAACACAUAUAGAACAUUCUUUUAUAAAACAUUCUCCCAGUGUUUCAUGAUAGCAAGAAAGAAGGUUCUCACACAAACAUGACAAAAACAUUUUCAAGAAGACCACAAUGACAGAAUGUUCUUUAUAAGACGUUCCUAUACUGCGAUAAAUAUUAACAAAGGUGGAACAUUGUGGUUGCAAUAUUUUGAGGACAUUUUGGGGAUGCUUUUGAAGGAACAUGAUAUAGAAUCUAUAAAAUGUUCCCACAACAUUCCACAGUGAUAUAGGAUCACAAAGGAAGAAUGUUUUUAGUGCAACAUUACAUUUUGAGAAUGUUAGGACUUAUUGCUUUAAAUGUCUUUAGUUACCCUACCUUUAAGAACAACUUUCUGAGAACUAAAAGAAAACUGAAAACAUUAGAAGAACUUUGCAGAAACCUACUGCCUAUUAUUGUGUAGGUUCUGUUAGUGAUACAGCUCGAGCCAUUUGGGCAUUGUUCUUUGUGGAUAUCCUGGCAGCAGAUCGUUAAGGUCCCCUAGAAGUGGGGCUUCCAUGGAUUGGGAUCAACACUUACCUAUAGAUUGAGAUCUUAGGAGUGUGAUUGUUCACGCCUUGGGCUCUUGGUCAUGUUCCUCCAAAUGUUCUUCAGAAGUUUUUGUGGUGCACUGAGGUAGAGUAUCCUAUUAGGGAACACUGCUGUCAUGUAGAGGUGGUCUAGUUUCAUGUUGUUUCCCCCCCAUGUUCAUCAGUGAGGUUUGACCAUCCAUGACUCUGUCUCUGGUUCACCCCAUCGUUCUUUGGACCACUUUUGGUUAUAGCACCAUACCAGGAACAGUCCACAACACUUUGUGGUUGCUCUGAUCCAAUCUUCUACCAUCACAGUUGUUAAUGUCUGUCGGAACUUCACAUUGCACAUUUUUCCUGCUUCCAACAUCAACUAACUGAUUUGUCACCUGCUGUUUCAUAUAAUGAGCCUAGAUAUUCUGUUGUGUUCGCUUUAAAUGUCUGUGAUUUCAGUCUUAUGGCUGAUUGUUUCUGUUAUGCAUACACAGUGAAAAAAGUCAACGUUAUCCAAAACUAAUUAAACCAAACAUUAAAUACUAACUAAUAUGCUAAGAGAAAUUCAGAGAAUCCACAUCCCAUUGGUGUCCAGUGGUUAUCAGAUGGCUACUUCUGGCUCUGGAGGCUAUUUGCUGCAAGUGUUAAUAUGUUCAUAGAGACAAGCAGGAAGCUGGAAGGUCUGACCUGAUUUUUGCAACUUCAAUUUGUUGCCUAGAUUUCUCUUUUCCAGUGUGACACAGACCAGACAGAAGCUGUUUAUGUGCUUCAUUUAUGGAAAACAGGAUGCUGGCAGAUCCUGAUGGUGUGUUCACACAGAUAAGAAAGAGACUGAAGUUUGGAGGCAUGUUUGGCAUUAAUGUGCACAUUUAUCUCCAACUGGGCAGUUUAUUUUAAACGCAAUGCUGCACAACACACAAGCAGUGUGUUUCUUUGCUAUUCUUGUUGUUUUAGCAGAGAAAGCAGCUUUUCUGUCUGUUUUUGGAGGAACUUUUUAGUCGCUGAGGGGAGCAGACACAAGUGCUUCAGUUUAAUGAGUGAAUCAAAAUGAGCAUGUUGGUUGUUUCCAGGUUGUUGCUCCCUCUUGUCUGAAGACAUUUGCAUCACAGUGAACCUUUGUUAACUUCCCCACUUUCCGUUGUCUGUGGAGUUUCGAGUUGCUGUGGGCUGCACCUGCAUGAUUUUUGAGAUUUUCUAUUGUGUUUUAAUCCAUAAACAGGGAAAUAAUGACAUCAAGACAUGGACGCAGAGAUGUUUAGAUUCAGCUGUCAUGAAUCUGUUGCAGGAAAAGAGUUUAUAUUUCAAAAGCUGCAUGCAAACAUGGUUUUGGUAACAGUUCAGCUUCAUUUGCGUUGUGGCUGUUCCAUCUGGGCAGAAAUAGCUGUUUAUGUUGUCCCAGUGCAUUGUGUUUGUGGAUAAUUUAGCAUUCUGGUGGUUGGAUUUUUGACUAUGGAACUUUUAAAUUGGAUUCCUGAUGCUUACGGACGAAGAGUUUCCUUUUCAGGUUUUGCAAAGUGAGAAUGUUGAGAUAGUUGUAGGUUUUGAAGAUGGAUCCUCGUCUCUUUCUGUCUGGCUCUGACUUUCAUAGCUUGAGGUACAGUACAGCAGCCUGUGGCCACAGAAACAGCACUAAUCUUAACUAUAACCCCAGAGAACAGGGAGCAAAUCCAGCCAGAUAAGAUGAGGAGGUCUAUCAUAAUAGAAGCACCUUUGUGGACACGUCAAACAGACCAGAAGUUGUGAUAACAAGAAGGAUCUCCUGGUCAGGACGAGCCGUGAUGUGACACCCGAAGGAUCAAAUUGUAAACUAGCUUCGAGCUCCACUCCCUCCCUCUCUCUAUCUCCUCCUCCCUCCGCAGAAUUAGCAAGAUUAUUAUUUUUGUAGAGAAAUAUUAAUAAUAAUAAAAAAAGAGUUUUAUUACUGUACAGCUUUUGUAUAAGAACAGACGGUAAGGUGUUACAGUGUUUUUGUUCGACCUCAACUGUGCUGUGUGUAAUUGUUUUAUGCAUUUACAAUCAUAUUUAUUAAAUGGAAAGAAGUCUGUUAA